UGCCCCACGAAUAUUGUGUACUGCAGCUUCAAACGCAGCAACAACAUCGGCAGCGAUAACGGCAGCACAAAUGACCAGUAAGUGUGCAACACAGUCGCAACAUCAACAACAACACCAACCAGACGCAUGGUAAGAACAUGGUUGACAAUGAAAAACCAUAGUCAUUCUAACUCAGAGGCAGAAAAAAGGAAUACCAGAAAAGGAAUGAAAGAUUUGUUUUGAAGAGUUUCACUAUGCUGACGAAUAGCUGAGGACGGAAUGAUAAGGAAUAUAAAUUCCUUAGGGUCGAGAGAGCUGUCUUCACUAAUCAUCAGCAUAUUAUAAGGAAAACCCUUCCAAAACAAUGUCCUCUAUAUAUUUUUUCAAUUUGUUAGAUCAAAAGCAAAUUUUGAUACCACUUCAUCAUCAUUUUUUAAUAAGAGUCUGUUUUAGUCCCACUGUUAAAAUACUGAUUUCUCUAGGUGAAAUUUAUGUUUAAACAUCGAAGUCUUGGUCUAUAAAUAUCUUGAAGGAUAAAUCACUGCAAGAGAUUGUGUGCACAAUAUUAAUCACGCAUUAAAUAACAAUUGAACAAUUA